UUUGCAUGAUAUAAGAGGAGCGUUUCUGCCACAAAAAAUGGCUACACCGCUACAGUGAUCUUAGCCUCCUCCUCGUCCUCAUUGUCGUUGGAGACCUAGCUUCUGGCAGCUCAGAAAAUGGCUAAAAAUCGAUCUGAACCCAAGAAAUCCGUAGCAGAAGAAGAAGAAGAAGAAGAUUCUUCAACAGACAAUGAAGGUUCGGAAUCCGACUCAUCAGAAUCGGAACCGGAACCGGAGCAAACCCAAACUGAAAUGCAGAUUGCCAAAAGGCCAUCCGCGGCGGCAACGAAAGUCACCGAAGCAUCAUCUACGCCGGCCAAAAUUCAGGCCGCUUCGUCGGCUUCAUAUGAGACUGAUUCCGAAUCGGAUUUCGAGUCCGAGUCUCAAAGACCCGCCCCGAUUGUUAAACCCAACGAUCACCCACGAGAAUCCGGCCAAAGCAAGCCGAGAAAAUCCGGCGCCGAAGCUAAACGCCCGGCCCCUGCUGCGGACAGAGAAGUCACAGAAUCGAAGAGGCAGAAGCGAAAUCCGGAAUUCGUGGUAGAAAUCUCUGAGAUUAAACCAUCGGCAGACGACUCGAAGAAACAGCUAUUCCAGAGACUGUGGAGCGAAGACGAUGAAAUAGCUCUUCUGGAGGGAAUGAUCGAGUACACGGAGAAGGAGAAUGCCGAUCCGCAUACUGACUUGGACGCGUUUCACGAUUUCAUACGAAACUCUCUGCAUUUCACAGUGAGCAAAAACCAGCUGCAAAAUAAGAUCAAGCGGAUGAGGAAAAAGUACAUAAACAACGCCGGAAAGGGGAAGUCAUUCUCGAAACCAAACGAGCAAAAAACUUAUCAACUGUCCAGGAAAAUAUGGGGGAAGGGAGAUGAGAAAAUCGAGGAUAGCAGCCAAGUAGGAGUUGUUCACGUUCUGAUGGCCUGCAGCAAUGGAAGUGCCAAAGAAGAAAAAAUCAAUAAAAAAUCGAUGAAGAAAGCUCCGGUCGUUCAGGACGCCAUUGAAACGCCUGAGGCUAAUGCCGCUGCUGCUUCGAGUGGAUCGAAGAACGUCAAGAGAAUGGAGGCUGAUAACAACGCGAAUGGUUCCAACAGAUUCAAUUCACUGUCGCGAUUCAUGGUGAAGAACAAGGGUAUUGUGAUCGGUGAGGAGAAGAGAAACGAGAUUGAGAAGAAGCGGAAAGCUGUGGUAGUAGCUGAGAUCGAUCUGUUCUUGAAGGAGUUAGAGCUGAUUCAGGAACAAGUGAAGGCGACUUUGGACGCCAUGAAGUAGUCGCUGCAAACGAGGGAUCAAUGAAGUUAUUAGCAGUUUUUUGCCCUCCCUCUCUGUUUUCAUAUUUUGAAAAG